CUUAGCGAUAAGCGAUAGUGGACCGACCUCUUCCGACGAGUGUUCCUAUAAAACCACAGAGUCUUUUCAAUCAGAAUCAUACACUCAUCAUCUGUUCCACCAUGAAGACCAUCAUGAGGACUGCCCUGCUGGCGUGCAUGCUCCUCGCAGCGCUCCAGUUCGCUCAGGCAAGCCCGAGGCCAAACCUCUCAGCUGCCCUGACGGAAACUAAGGUUACCAGUCUAUCUCUCACGUGCAUCGCUGAGAUAUUUUUCAAAUUCCUUGAGGAUGUGAAAUAUUUGAUGUAUAUGUGCGUACAAGAGGCAGAGAAUGACCCAUCCCUUCCGUUUAUCAUUAAGUUCCCCAUCUGCGCCGUCAUCGCUGGAGGAGCAGACUUAAUUCGCAUUGCAACAAUGGACGCGCCCGCGUCUUGUUUGUGAAAUUAAAAUGUACUUGACUCCACUGUA